UCUGAAGAAGGAGGACUGUUGUUUCUAAAGAAGAAAGAGCUCCACCCUCGGCCACUGCCACAGCUGGUCUGCCAAUAAAUAAGGGCAAAGCCUUUUCCCUUGGUGUCUCUUCAGCAUGGAUGCUUUUCGGGGGAUUUUAAAAUUCUUCCUCAACCAGAAAACUGUUAUUGGCUACAGCUUCAUGGCUCUGCUGACCGUGGGGAGUGAGCGUCUCUUUUCCCUGGUGGCUUUUAAGUGUCCCUGCAGCACCGAGAAUGUGGUCUAUGGGCUGGUUUUCCUCUUUGCUCCUGCUUGGGUGUUACUGAUCCUGGGAUUCUUCCUGAACGGCAAGUCUUGGAGGCUCUUCACAGGCUGCUGUGUGAAUCCCAGGAAAAUCUUCCCCAAAGGCCACAGUUGCCGCUUUUUCUAUGUCCUCGGUCAGAUCACUCUGAGUUCAUUGGUGGCUCCGAUGAUGUGGCUUUCUGUGGCUCUGCUCAAUGGAACUUUUUAUGAAUGUGCCAUGAGCGGGACCAAAAGUUCAAGACUCUUGGGACUGAUUUGCAAGGGCAAGCCCCAAGAGUGCUGGGAUGAACUUCACAAAGUCUCUUGUGGCAAAACCAGCAUGACACCCGCGGACAAUGAAGAAGUGAAGCUGUCCCUUCAAGCCCAGUCUCAGAUUCUAGGAUGGUGCCUGAUUUGUUCAGCAUCUUUCUUCUCUCUGCUCACCACAUGUUACGCUCGCUGCCGAUCUAAAGUUAGCUACCUUCAGCUGAGUUUUUGGAAGACGUACGCACAAAAGGAGAAGGAGCAGUUGGAAAAUACAUUCCUGGAGUAUGCCAACAAGCUGAGCGAGAGAAACCUGAAAUGCUUUUUUGAAAACAAGAGGCCAGAAGUCUUCCCCAUGCCCACCUUUGCAGCCUGGGAGGCGGCUUCUGAGCUCCAUUCUUUUCACCAAAGCCAGCAACAUUACAGCACCCUGCAUAGGGUGGUGGAGGACGGUCUGGAACUGAGCCCCGAGGAUGAUGAGACCACAAUGGUACUUGUGGGUACUGCCCACAGUGUGUAGUGCGUCCACCACCACGGACUCGUGGCGUUCAUACAUUUGGGCUCAUUCUGACAUUUGGGCUGCAUCUGUAGCAACCAGUGUAUCUCUGGGUUUUCUCACAGUGUUUCCUUGAAGACAAGAACCCAAAGGGAAGCAGCUUUGCAGCUCCCAAGGGCAGGCAGUGUCAGGAUGUGCUCAAACUGAUGCUGAGGGAGUGGUCAAGGAUGGUGAGAAAGGGGCUCUUCCAUUGAUGGGGGGUUGGGGUUCAGUGGCUUCAAGUUCUUUUUUUUUAAAUAAAUUUUAUUUAUUCAUUUGAGAGAGAGAGAGAGAGAGCAGUGGGGAGAGAGGGAGAGGGAGAAGCAGACUCUCUGCGGAGCAGGGAGCCCGAUGAUGACACGGGGCUCGAUCCCAGGACUCCAGGAUCAUGACCUGAGCCGAAGGCAGAUGCUUAAUGGACUGAGCCACCCAGGCACCCCCAGUGGCUUCAAGGUCUAAGAUUUUAUGGUUUGACAGCGAAACUCAUGCAAGAAGUUCGGCCACUCUAUGUAAAUAUUGGUCAAGGCAUCUGGGGGCAGCAGUGGUGACUUGUGAAUAAGUAAGACCCUCUUAACAGAGGGCUGUAGACAGCAGGAUCUGCAGUGUAGUCACAGGAAAUCCUUGUCUUGCAAAUCUAUUCUAUUGCCUUUCAAGGACGUACGAAAUUCUACCAUUUGGACUUCAUUUCCUUGGAAUCUGAAGAUAGCAGUUCUCAAGAAUAACACAUCGAAAGGAUAUGAUGCCUAAAAUUCAGAGCUUUUCACAUGUUUCACUGUGAACUGAAAGUAUGUCCCUACAGGCAGGGCCAUAUUAUGGCUUUUGGGGGCCCUAGGCACUUCUGUCUUCAUGGACCCCUUUCUACAUUAAAAAAUACACACAUACUUUAUGACUGUAUUAAUAUAAAGAUAAAUAUAUUAGUAUUAUAUAUUAAAACA